UAGAUAGAUAGAUACUCUUUAUUGUUUCCUCCAAAACAUUACAAUAGUAAACUUAUUAUAGAUACAAACAAUUACAAACAGUAUUUUUUAAUAAUUUUUUACUAUUUUAAAUUGAAUAAAUGAUUUUAAAAUAUUUAUUUUAAUUUUUCAUUUAUUAUUAUUGUAUUUUUUCUUUACUAUUUGUUAUUUUAAAGUGUCCCCCAUAGAGUCCGGCACAGUGGGCGUAUUCGUCACUUCACCUACGACCCCUUACACAUAUAACAGGGUGCAUGGUGUCCCAGCCCAUAGUGCAAUUCUACGCACGCGCGGGAGCACAGCGCCGCCCCAGUCUAGUCAUGGACAAUAUAGACUUUAAGUUUUGCAAAUAGACUUUAGAUUUUUAUUUUUUAUAUUUCUUCUUAUAGUUUAUUUUUAAUAGUAAUAUUUUUUUUUUUAUAAACUUAUAAUAAUAAUAGUGUUGUGUGAGAUUGUGAACUUUAGUGUUGUGAUUAUGCUAUAGCAUUCAAAACUACUAGGAACUAUUAAUAUUUUUGAGGUAACCUCAAAAUGUUCAGCACGAGUUUUGAAGAUUUUUGCGACUUCAACGACAGUAUUUGCAGUAACGAUUCAGGUUUUGAAAGGUCCUAUGCAGACUCCUCAGCUACUCCAACGUCAGCAAACAGUACGCCUAUAAAACACGAUACUAUAGAUCUAGGUGUAUCUCUCACACCAACCAAAGACACCAUUAUUCGGAGGAAACUAUUUACAGAUGAUUACGAAUACUCUUAUCAAGAACCUUUGGAUAUUAAGAAAUUUGAAAAUAGUAUUAAAACCACGUCAACUCCCAUAAAAUCUAAAGAAAGAAAGGCGAGAGAUCCCAAUAAACCGAAAAGGAAAUAUGCUAAUGGAAAAAACAGAGUGACAAGAUCCAAAAGUCCAACGCAAAUAAUGAAAAUAAAAAGGAAUAGAAGAAUGAAGGCCAACGACAGAGAAAGAAACAGAAUGCACAUGUUGAACGAAGCGUUGGACAGACUCAGGUGUGUUUUGCCAACAUUUCCAGAAGACACGAAGCUAACGAAAAUCGAGACCUUAAGAUUUGCACACAAUUAUAUUUUUGCUCUUAGUCAAACCUUAGAAUCUCUAGAUAAUAUAAAUGCUGGGCAAAUACCAUCCGAAGGGUUUGCUUUAAAUUACGAAAAACUACAAAAUUACUCUACUAUUGGAGAGAAAGUAACCAAAGAUGCCUUUAGAGAUAUAUUUCUUGUACCCAACAAAACUGAGGAGUACAACAGCGAUGGCAGUUACAGAUGUUUUCAAGGUUUCAGUAGACCUUUUCCCAAUGGAUCUAAUUUCAUGCAAACUCCUGAAGGUGUAUUGAUAAAUGUUGGAAAUGUUACCGUGUCUGUUAAUAACAAGGGUGGUAAUUGUAUAACGUCCACGACUGGUAGCGGUUUCUUUACAAAUCCAUCUAGUUUCGAAAACAAUACAAUCCAAGAAAAUUGUUAUAGUCAAAGACAGUUUGCACCGUGUAAAAAUACUAUUGAUGCUUACAAUUCGAAUGUACAUAAUAACACGGAGGAGUAUUUUAACCAUGCAAACUAUGAAAUAUUUAAAAACGCUUUUGAGAAUGCUAAAAACAAAAGACCAGUAAGAAAUGAAGCUUAUUUAAAUAGUUACGAGGCAUACCCAAACGCUAUGUAUGGAUACAAUGAGAGAAAUUGUAAUGACAAUUAUUAUUGUCAAAAUAAUACAUAUUAUAAUGAACAAAGAAAUUAUAGAAAUUUUUAUAAUAGAACGAAUAAUGUAGUAAAUGCACAAAUUUAAAUUAUUUUUGAUAACAAUAUACAAAGACAAUGUAUAUUAAAAACUAGUCAUUGUUUAAGGAUGAAAAUAUAUAUUUUGUAUUUUUUUUUUUAAUUCAGGUACUUGAAGACAAUAACGAAAGAAUUGAUCAA